GUCCCGGUUGCCAGGUGAUGGGGAAGCGGUGUCGGGUCUGCGGCCUGUUUCCCCGCACGUUUCCGGACGCCGGGCUUCGCUGAGGUAUGAAGGGGGACGCUGCUCAGGACAGUGCCGAGAAUUCGAGGCCUCCCGCACUUCCCCAGCGGCACUAAGCAGCCAUGGAGCGGUACCUGGCCAUCGGGAUUGUGGGCAAAGGCAGCUACGGGGAAGUGCAGCUGGUCAGACACGGCGGCGAAGGGAAACAGUAUGUUAUAAAGAAGUUGAAUCUAAGAAAUGUUUCCAGUCGUGAACGCAAGGCAGCAGAACAAGAAGCCCAGCUUUUAUCCCAGUUGCGACAUCCCAACAUUGUUACUUACAGAGAGUCAUGGGAAGGAGAUGAUGGAUUUCUGUACAUUGUGAUGGGUUACUGUGAAGGUGGAGAUUUGUACCACAAGCUGAAGGAACAGAAGGGCAAAUUGCUUCCAGAAAGUCAGAUCGUGGAGUGGUUUGUCCAGAUUGCUAUGGCUUUACAGUAUUUACAUGAAAAACAUAUCCUGCACAGAGAUCUUAAAACUCAAAACAUCUUCCUCACAAAAACAAAUAUCAUUAAAGUUGGAGAUCUGGGUAUAGCCAGAGUGUUGGAGAGCCAGCAUGAUAUGGCCAGUACCUUGAUUGGGACACCUUAUUACAUGAGUCCUGAACUCUUCUGUAAUAAACCAUACAACCAUAAGUCUGACGUUUGGGCCCUUGGCUGUUGUGUAUUUGAAAUGGCAACCUUAAAACAUGCCUUUAAUGCCAAGGAUAUGAACUCCUUAGUUUUCAAGAUUAUUGAAGGAAAGCUUCCACCUAUACCAAAGGAAUACAGUGAACAGCUGGGAGUGCUGAUACAUAGCAUGUUGAGCAGAAGGCCUGAGGAACGACCAGAUGUCAAAGCUGUUCUUCGGAAGUCAUACAUCAAGAGUCAUAUUGCUUUCUUCUUGGAAGCCACAAAGGUGAGAGCUAUGAAAACACGUAAGAAAGCCUCAUUAGAAUCUAAACCCAUUAAUUCCUCCACUGUGACAUUGAAGCGCAAUUCAGUGUGUGAAUCUGAGGUCCCUUUGAACAUGGAUCCAACCAAGAAAUAUAUCAAGGAAGAAAAAACAUCUCAGAAAAGCAAGUCAAAUGAUAAGACAUGUGGCAAUCAAGAAGAAGAAAUGUAUUCGGAUGUCUCUUGCCAGGCUUUGAUUAGUACUACAAACUCAGUAGCUUCAGUAAGCAAGCUGGAUAUUAAUAUUGUUCAUGGAAUUGAAGGAAAGAAUUCCAAUUCUGAUGGUACAGUUGUGGAUGAACCUUUACCCAACAUAAGAGGCUGCCUUAAUGAAGGAGCCAAAAUAGCUGCCAGUAGCACUGAGGCCGAUAACAUUGAACUACAUAAUGGUGUAAUGUUGAAAGAAAAAGCUGAAAACUCUGAUAACCAAACCUUAUCUGAACUCUCUGAUGGAAAGGAUGACACUGUUGAACUGAUUCAACCUGCCUUUAUGGAAGAACAGUCAUCUGAGGUGCAGGAGAUUUUUGACUCUACAGAAAAACUGCUGCAACCAUUUCUGCCAGUAAGUGUAAUGGAGGACCCUUCAGAGAAGGUUGCAGAACAACUUGUAAGGGAUCCAGUGCCUUACCUGCCACAUUGCUCUUCAGCUGAGCCCUCAAUCUCACGGCAGUACAGACAGAAGAGCGACAAAAAAGCAAGGAAGACUGUGAAGGACAAAGCAUCAGCUCCGAGACAACUACCUUCUAUACCACAUGAUGAACCUAAAGUUCACAUAAAGAAACUGCAGAAUAACCUCGAUAAAAUUGCUAGUGAAAUUAGAACAUCAACGGCCAACUCAAAGAAUAAUGAAAUUGGAGCCUCACAGGAUCGCCCAUUAUCUGCCAGAGAACGAAGGAGAUUAAAACAGUCUAAGGAGAACUUUCCUCAUUCAGUUUCCACUUCAAGAAGGAGUUCACAUUGUGGAGCUUUAGAAGCAAACUCUUAUGUAGAGAACCAAAAGGUGAAAGUCAGCCAAUCCUUAUCAGAUAUCACUACCUAUCAUGGAAAGGUCAUGAGUGAGUCAUCCCCUCACCUUUCAGAUGAUGAUGAAUAUAGCUCCUCAACCAGCUCAACUGAUAAAUCAGAGGGGGACUGCAAAGAAGCCAAAGCUGAUUCUAAUGAAAUGCAUGAUCUUGUAAAAUUGAUGACUCAAACGUUAAGUAUGGAUUCAAAAGAUGUAUAUAGAGAAAAUCUAAUGCCUGCUCCAAAACCAGAAUUCAGAUUACAGCGGAGGUAUAGAGAUACACUGAUUCUUCACGGGAAAGCUAAGGAAGAUCUGGAGGAUUUUUGCUUCAAUGAUUUUCCAACUGAAGUUUUACCUGUACCAGAGAAGAUUAGAAGAACAAUUCACGCUCUAAGAACAGAUGUUGUAAAAGGAUUGGGAGUAAAACUUUUGGAAAAAGUGUAUAACAUUAUGGAAGAUGCUGAUGAAAACUGGAGGGAGGAAUGUCUGCAGGAGCACAUGGGUGAAGAAUUGUACCAGAAUUACAGUAUGAAGGUCCAACAACUAAAGUUCUUUGAAGAUCAUUCAAAUUUUUGACUCCAUGGUACUGAAAAUUAUUAAAUAAGCGUGUUUGAUUUUUAAAAGUGCCUUUUUAUGGACACUGAUCAGUUAAAAUGUGUCCAUCACACCUGAAAAACUUAGUUGUAUAAAUGCAUGCAGACAUAUCUUGGAUUUUAGAACAUAGAACAUAGAACAUUACAGCACAGUACAGGCCCUUCGGCCCUCGAUGUUGUGCCGACCUUUUUAUUGUGAACUUUGUGCCAUGCAAUGGACAACAUAGAAACUAGACAAAGAUCAUGAAGCAAUGGACUCAGUGUUCACCUAGCCAUGUCGUUUUCAGUUUGUGAAUUAAAAUGGCUAUUGUAUCAUAUCUUCACAUCAUCAACUUACUGUUUUGUGAAAUAUUGGAUGGUCACUUGAAUAUGUAUCACAGUUUAAUUGAUAGGUGGUUGAUACUUUCUAUCAUAACAGCUAUUUUGCAUGUAGACAAAUACUGUCCAUCAAAGAAUUUACUGCACCUUUGUCAUCAAUGUGCUUAAAUGAUCCAAAUACAUUGUAAACUGCUAAAUUUAUUCAUAACUCAGUUUGAAACCUUUGCAGUAAAUCUAUUCAUAACCGCAAAUUCUCUUUCUAGAAUUUGCCCAAACAGCACAGGGUAUGCUUUAAGGGAACAUUUUACAAGAAACUCCACAAGAGCAGUCCUGGUUUUUCAGCGGAUAUCUGCUGAGUGGCAAGUUACCUGUUUUAUUGUCCUGCAAUUUUCUAACUUUCUCGCCUGAAUUUCUGCUGCAAGACAGUUUCAGCUGACUGUUACCUCACAGUUGUCAGUACUUGGUAGAUUUAGGCAAUGAACAGCCAAAAAGUCCUCAAAUAAAAUACACAUUCAUUUUCAUAAUUAUGACUGCCAAUUCUAAAUAAUUUUUUUUCCAACUCAGAGGGCCAAAGCCACUUCAGUGCUUUUUGACAUUGUCUGACUGAGAUGAAAUAUCUAUUAUUGACCAGAUUAAACUUUAUAUAUUUUAGGGGUGGCCGAGUAAUAUUUGGAUUAGUAAUCCACAGGUUAAUGCAUUUGAGGACAUUAGUUCAACUCCCACUGCAGCACCUGGUGGAACUUGAGUUAAUUAAUGCACCUAAAAUGUAAUGUUACUCAUUAAUGGUUUAACAGUGCUUUUCAAGGAACUGAAUCUGCUAUCCUUACCUGCUCUGGCUAUGUGUGACCCAGACCCAGCACAAUGUGGUUAAAUCUUUUAAUACCCUCUGAAAUGGACUAGUAAGCCACUUAGUUCAAGGGUAAUUAGAACCUGGGAACAAAUGCUGACCUUACCAGUAACACGCACAUCCCAUAAUAGAAUAAAAACUCCAUACCAAGCAAUAUAUUUUCACAAUCUACAAGUUAGCAUUCUAACAAGAGUAUAAUUUCAAGAUCUGUGCAAACAAGAGCAGAAUAUCCUGUGUGUAUCUGAAAAUGUUGAUCAUGUGAAUAAAUGAGAACAAUACACUACGCAUUUAAUAAUUUAGAAGAAUAGUGUGGGCAAGAAAAGAAGGCAUGACAAUAUAAAUACGCAUAUCAGUUCAAACAUUGACAAAUCAGACUUAUUCCUACUUGCAAUGAGAAAGAAAACAAGUGAGUAAAAGUUCAUAUCAAGAACUUCCCAUAUGCAGGAUUUACCUGGUGUGAGGAUUUGUUCUGUUCCUGCCAUCCAGUGGCUUGUGCUUGAGGUAAUUCCCCCCCGUAACAGCUUCACCCUGUAACCAGACCAAUAUUAUACCUUAAAAGAUAACAUGAUCUAUGUAUGGUCUGCACUGAAGCACAGCUUUCAGACAAACUGAAAAUUUCUAAAUUUUCAAUUAGGUUUAUUGUAUUGUUUCUGUCACUGUACUUUCUCCAGAUAUGUUCAUAGUAGUGAAUGUAGGAUUUGUGAACUUGUAAAGUUGUAUUGCAAUAUUUGCUGUAAAAUUAAAAAUAAUGUACAGUUUCCAAAGUAUACUAUGUAGUAGUUUUACUUAAGUUUUCUACAUGUUAUGACAAUGCAUACCUCCUGGAGUUUAUCUAAUUGAUUUUACUGUUACAUUAUUCUAAGUGACUGAACUGUAUCUUUCAAGCACAGAACUCCAAACUAGAAAAGACUUGAUUCAAGUUUCAAUUUUACCUAACUUCACUCUCUGCCUGUAAAAUUUGCCUGUCCCACAGAUGUUAAGAGUUGGCGAAAAAGAUGUUGGAAAAUGUUUAUCAACAUGGGUGACAUAAAGUGUUGGUAUCUGUUUAUGUUCAAACUAGAUAGGUUUAUUAUUCAAUUUUCAAAUAUCGUUGAAGUUAUAUAACUUUUGUAUCUAACUGUAAUCAUAUAAUAUUUGUAUGCUUCGACACAUUGACAUAUCACUAAGGUUUAAGAGUAGAUUUGUAGCUCGGGUUAAGGAUGUUGUGGUUGGUUGGUUGGCUCGCCGAGCUGGUGUGUUGUUUUUCCGCACACUGCUGGGUAACAUCAACAGGGUAAUGAACUGUCUGCGGAAAAGCAACAAACCAGCUCGGCGAGCCAAUCAACCACAACCUUGACAUAUCACUUUUUAAACAGUAACAAUUCAUACAGUUCCCACUGAUUAUGUUGUUUGAGAGUCAGUUAUUAAUUUGAAUCAAGUUAAACUGAAUCUAAUGAAUUUAGUUAAAUUAAGUCAGUUUGUACAAAUGAAUUUUCUUUAUUGUUUGUAAUAAAUUUGUACUUUUGAACACAAA